AUGGCCGGUCUCAACGUGUCCCUCUGCUUCUUCCUCGCCACCUUUGCCCUCUGCCAGGCAGUCAGGAGGGCAGCCAAGGCCCUGCUCCCCGGGGGCACCUACGCACACUUUGCCCGGGAGGCGGUGGGCACGGCCCAGCUGGGGGCCUGCUGCCUGGAGAUGCGGAUGCUGGUGGAGCUCGGACCCUGGGCGCUGGGCUUCGGCCCCGACCUGCUGCUGACCUUGGUCUUCCUGCUGCUCCUGGUGCACGGGGCCACCCUGGACGGGGCCUCGGCCAACCCCACGGUGUCCCUGCAGCGGUUCCUCCUGGCCGAGGCCUCUCUGCCCAGCACGCUGCUGGAGCUGGUGGCGCAGGCGCUGGGCGUGCAGGCGGCCGGCGCCCUGACGCGGCUCUACUGGGCCUGGGGGCUCAGCGACCUGCACGUGCUGCAGAGCCUCAUGGACCCGCACUGCAGCUCGGCGCUGCGCACGGCCGUGCCCCACGGCGCCCUGCUCGAGGGCUCCUGCGCCUUCCUGCUGCACCUGGCGCUCCUCCGCCUCCAGGGCAGCUGCGCUGUCCACAGGGCGCCAGCCGUGGCCCUGCUGCUCACCGCCGCGGCCGGCACAGCUGGGCCCCUGACGUCCGCCUUCCUGAACCCCACACUGGCCGCCUCGGUCACCUUCCGCUGCUCGGGGCACAGCUUGCUGGAGUACAUCCAGGUGUACUGGCUGGGCCCCGUGACAGGCAUGCUCCUGGCCGUCCUGCUGUAUCACGGCCGCCUCCCUCGCCUUUUCCAGAGGAACCUGCUCUACAGUCAGAAGAGCAAGUACCGGGUCCCCAGAGGGAGGCCUGUCCCGGGGCCUGGAGGCAGCCAGACGCCUAAGGAGGGGAGCAGAGGACGGGGGCCCCCAAAGGCCCCACAGCCCCUGCACGAGGGCUUCCAGGACAGGGACCCCGGGCGCUCGGGCUAUGAGCGUUCGGCUGCAGAUGCCACGGCCCCGCAUCCAGGCCGGCUCCAGAAGGGGCUCUCAUCUCUGGACCGCUGCCCCCUCCCUCGCCCCGGCCCACCCCCACCCGUCCUGGCUGCCACGGUGGAGGGGUCCUCUGGAGAGAAGUCUGUGUCUGCAGAGAGGACCCCGGAGCAGCCCCACCCCAGCAGCGCUGCAGCCCCCAGAGCUGGCUCCUCCGGCACUGCUAAGAGAAACGGCUGCUUCUGGACCUGGGGCUGGAGAGGCUCAGGGGCUGGCCUGUCCAGCCUGUCCCUGACACAUGCUGGACACCGGGCCGGGCCCAGCAAGCUGAGCAGCGCCGAGCACAGUGACUCCGGCUCCACCCCAGUGUGCGAGGCACAGUGUGCGAGCCAUGCCCCCCUAGAGUGUCCCUUGGAGUCCCAUUGUCACCCCCUUGUCACGUUCGGAGUCCGCAUCCUGGCCUACACCUGCCGCUGCUGUCCCGAUGCCCCCCGUGCCCCCCUGGCCUUGUGGAGCGUACACGUCCUAAGACCCACGGAGGUCCGGGUGUGGCAGGGCCCCGGGGCCCCCUUUCAAGCCGUGCUGACGAUGCGCCUGCCCCUGCAGGCGCUGGGCUAG